AUGUCUUCUCGCCGCCCAGCAGACGAUGCAGCUGCAGGUCAGCCUGACCCCAAGCGGGCCAAGGUCGACGCUCCCAAGCCGGGCGGAUUCGACAUCUCCUCUAUCCGAGCCCAAAUCGCAGCCAAAAAGGCCGAAGCAGAGGCCAAGCUCGCUGCAGCUGCGCCUGCUCCUUCCCGACCUGCCGGACCCUCCUCUCUCCCUCCCCCUCCCAAAGCCGAUCCCUCCAUCAAAGAGCGAGCUGCCGCCGCCAAGGCUCGUAUCGAGGCGCUCAACACCCGGAAAUCCAACCCCUACCUCUCUGGCAGCGGGUCCAUGCCUAAACCCAACGAAGAGCGCGCGCCCCUGCCUGUCCUGUCCUCGAGUAUCGCCCUGCACCCGUUGCUCAUGGGGGAUCUGGCGGGACAAAAGGAGGAGAAGAAUGAAAAGAAGGCAAUGAGGGAUAGGUACAAACCUAUGGCGCCGAAAUUCUCUACGGUCAAGGCGAACGUCGCCACCCAGGCCAAACCGGUCGAGGUGGUCAUUGCUCCUCAGCCAAGUCUGAACCCGUACGCUGCCAAGGCGCCAGCUGGACCUAGUGCCGAGGAGGGAGGCGUAGCGAGGCGGACCAAGAGGCAAUUACAUUUUGCGGCGCCGGGGCGGUUUGUCAAGCAGGGUGAUGCGUUGCGGAAUGAGCAAAAGAUGGAGGCGUUGAGGUUGAGGAUUAUGGAGAAGUCGAGAAAGGCGGGGUUGGAUAGCGAGUUUGACACCAUGGGGAGGAGUUUGAAGCGCCUUCCUCCGCCAGAUGUCGAGUGGUGGGACAAGGCCCUCCUCCCUGACGAACAAACCUACGACGACCUCGACACGGCCAUGGACUUUUUAGAAAAGUCGGACGACUCGCUCAUCACCCACCUUAUCCAACACCCCAUCCCCAUCCCCGCACCUGGCGACAAGAAGGCGGAAGAGCGCGGGCUGAUGCUCACCAAGAAGGAGCAGAAGAAGAUGCGACGACAGCGGCGAAUGGCGGAGUUGGAGGAUAAGCGGGAUAGGCAAAAGAUGGGACUUUUACCUCCUGAUCCACCAAAGGUGCGCCUCGCCAACCUCAUGAAGGUCCUCACGUCCGACGCGGUCCAAGAUCCAACCAAAGUCGAAGCCAAGGUCCGCAAGGAAGUGGCCAACCGGGCGACCAAGCACGAAAAGGACAACCAGGAGCGCAAACUCACCACCGAGGAACGCAAGGAGAAGGAGUACCAGCUCAUGGUGGCGAGGGAGCGCAAAGGCCUACACGGGGCGGUCUUCAAAAUUCGUUACCUCACCAACGGGCGUCAUCGGUUCAAGGUGCGGGAAACGGCCAGGACCGACCUGCUAUCUGGCAUCUGCCUAUUCAGCCCCAACUUUGCCCUCGUCCUCGUCGAAGGCGUUGACAAGAGCAUCAAGCACUACAAGCAGCUCAUGCUCAACCGGAUCGACUGGACGGAGCAGGCACGCCCGAUGGCCAAGGGCGAAGGCGAGGAUGGGGAGGAGGAAAAGAGCGACGAGGAGGAGGGAGGGGAUUUGGCGGAUAACAAGUGCGAGAUGAUCUGGGAGGGAGAAGUGCCGGAGCGGACCUUUAAGCAGUUCCGGGCGAGACAUGCAGAGACGGAUGGGUCGGCCAAGGAGUGGCUGACGCCAAAGUGGGAGGGAAUGUGGGAUCUGGCAAAGCGGUGGGUGUGGAAGGGAGAGGAGUUGUAG